GACUCUGGAGUUAUCUAUUAUCUGUCAAUAGUUAUCGAAAUUUUAUCGAAAAAUACUUGAAAUAUGAAUGAUAACAUGAGGUAUACGGGCGAAGUGUUAACCAUACAUUUAAAGUAAACUUCGAAAAGUGUUAAUAAAUCUGCAAUAAACGUCUGUUGCAGAAAAUUAUAAUAUAUAAACACUUUCCACCAUAACUCCGGCUAAAAGGUUUCUACCAAGUAUGAUGCCGUAUUAAAGCUAUCGAUCCUACAUUCGUCAUCAUUCCAGUUUACAAAUUGUGAGAACAAAGUAAAAAUAAAAGCUUAUAAAAAUGGCUAGAUACUUUGAAAAUACUACGACUUUCAACUUUAGUUGGGACCAAGUUGCGUGCGGGUAUUGGAAAAGGUACCCUAAUCCACAAAGUACACAUGUGUUGUCGGAGGAUACAUGGAGCCGGCAGGUGAGGGAUGGUUGUCUAUAUACAAAACGUGUUCUCACAAAAACCAAUAGAGUGCCAAAAUGGGGUGAAAGGUUUUUUAAUGCUAAAUCAGUGAAGAUUAUUGAAGAGAGCAUAGUUGAUCCCAAGGAAAAAGUUCUAGUCACAUACACAAGGAAUUUGGGAUACACAAAAGUCAUGAGUGUGGUGGAGCGCGUGGAGUACCGGUCGCUGGGCGGGCAGACGGUGGCGCGCCGCUCCGCUUGGAUAGACUCGCAGGUGUUUGGGUUCUCGCGCGCCAUCCGCGCCUUUGGUGUGGACAGGUUCCGCAAGAACUGCACUCAGAUGGUGAACGGGUUCAACGACGUGCUACACGCGAUGUUCCCGCGUGCUGCACCGGGGGCGGGGGCGGGGGCGAGUGUGGGGGUGGGUGCAGGUGGUGGGGUGCCAGUGAGGGAGGCGCUGCGGGAGAUGCGGGACGCUGCAGCAGCAGCCACUGACCGAGCCAAGCAUAAUGUGCUCUCAUCUGUCAACACCACGUAACCAGACUAGUCACCUGCAACAUUACCCGGUCACUCAUAAUUCUAUUGUUGCACAUAAAAAAAAAAAUCAGACGAAUUGAGAACCUGUUCUUUUUUUUAAU